AGAUAACGAAAAUAUGAUGUACUAUAUAUAUCCUCUCUUUAUCUUCUAGGAACAAAAUUGGAACAAAAUUAGAUGUGAUACCUAACCCUUCAAAACUUGGCUUUGAGACAAUGACCGACAUGAUCCAGCUUUAUAAACGCCUCCCCUUCCACUUCACUCUUCUUCACUCCACCACAGGUUCAGCUCGCCUCCUCCCGUAGCCAACUUCCACGCAGAGAUCGCCAACCACCAUGCCGCCGCCGUCGCCGCACCCACCUCACCGCAACGGCAACCACGUCCCGGCGCCCUCCGGCGAGUCGUUCGCCAAGUUCUUCGAGUGCUGGAUCUCCGAGCAGUCCCGCGACCUCGCCGCGCUCCGCUCCGCCGCGUCGGCGGCGACGAACCCCGCGGCGCCGCCCGACGACGCCGAGCUCCACCGCCUCGUCAACCGGGUCCUCGGCCACUACGAGCACUACUACCGGACCAAGUCCGCCGCCGCCUCCACCGACGUGCUCCGCAUGUUCUCCCCGUCGUGGACCUCCACCACCGAGAACCUCUACCUCUGGUGCGGCGGAUGGCGCCCCACUGCCGCGCUCCACCUGCUCUACUCCAAGUCCGGCGCGCAGCUCGAGACCCAGCUCCCGGUGUUCCUCGCCGGCGGCGGCCUCGGGGCGGGCGACCUCGGCGACCUCUCCGCCGAGCAGCUCCAGGCCGCCGACCAGCUUCAGCGGAUAACCGUCAGCAAGGAACGGGAGAUCGAGAACGCCGCCGCGAGUGCACAGGAGUCGUUGGCGACGGUGAAGAUGGUGGAGCUAGCCGGAGGCGGCGGGAUGGACGCGGAGGGGAUGGAGAUGGAGAUGAGGAGCAAGGCGGACGGGAUGAGGCGCGUGCUGGAGAUGGCAGACGGGCUGAGGCUGGAGACGAUGAGGGAGGUGGUGGCGCUGCUCCGCCCGUCGCAGGCCGUGCACUUCCUCAUCGCCGCCGCCGAGCUCCACCUCGCCGUGCACGAGUUCGGCAGGCGCAAGGACGGCGACGGCGCCGCGUCGCCGCCGCCGGCGUGACGCGUGCGCGCUCGUGUCGUGUCGUUGCCGUUCCAAGUGCGCGGCGUGGUCUCCGAUGCGUAGGCUCGUCGUCUAGCUCUGGUCAACUCAAGUCGUCGCGAUAAGCUUUGACCGAUAUUUAUUUAUGCAGUACUCGUACACUAGUAUUUCUCUCUCUCUCUCUUUUUUUUCUGCGAUGAAGCCGAUGAUACCUGUAGGGUUUUUUUUUUCUUUCUUUUUUGCGUUUGCAUGUGAUGGAAUUUUACUACCGUACUUUGGAGCAGCUGUUUCUAUAUAGACAGUGAGCUAACCUGCGUGAUAUUUCUAAUCAAUUCGGGAAGGGAAGGAUAAAAUUGUUUUUUGUUGCUAUGUGUUCGAAUCUUAAUGUUAAUCACACCGCUUAACCAAA